AACGUGACCUUCUCAAACGGAAGUUGCUCACCGGCAUUCGUUCAUCGCAUAGGCUCUGGGAGGUGGUCUAAAACUUUACGUUUUACACACAUUUAUUUAAAAAAGUAGAGUAAAGAUGGCAUUUUCACUUAAAGCAUUAGCUUCAAGAAAUUUAAGCCGUUCAGUGCGACAAUUUUCUUCAUCAACACAGAAUAAUGCCAAAGUAGCAGUUUUGGGAGCCUCUGGUGGUAUUGGACAGCCGAUGUCUCUGCUAAUUAAGCAAAGCCCACUGGUUUCACAUCUUGCCCUGUAUGAUAUAGCUAAUACUCCCGGUGUUGCAGCAGAUCUGAGCCACAUUGAAACCAAAGCAAAGGUUACAGGACAUCAGGGGCCGGAUGAGCUUCAAGAAUGUUUGGAGGGCUGCUCAAUCGUCGUCAUCCCAGCUGGUGUCCCGAGAAAACCAGGUAUGACACGUGAUGACCUUUUCAACACCAAUGCAUCAAUUGUUAAGACAUUAGCAGAAGGCUGUGCAAAGUAUUGUCCAAAGGCUAUGAUUGGAAUCAUUUCCAACCCUGUUAACUCAACCGUGCCAAUCACCAGUGAAGUAUUCAAGGCCGCUGGGGUGUACGAUCCCAAUAGAAUCUUUGGUGUGUCUACAUUGGACAUUGUAAGAGCAAACACAUUUAUCGCAGAGGCAAAGGGGCUUGAUGUGUCCACCACUAAUUGUCCAGUGAUUGGGGGUCAUUCUGGAAUAACUAUCAUUCCAGUCAUUUCACAGUGCACACCUAAGGUAUCGUUUGGUGAAGAAGAAUUGGCACAGAUGACGGACAGGAUCCAGAACGCUGGUACAGAGGUAGUCAAUGCCAAGGCUGGAGCAGGAUCUGCCACGUUGUCGAUGGCCUAUGCUGGUGCCAGGUUCACUUUCUCUCUAAUUGAGGCAAUGAAUGGCAAACAGGGUGUCAUUGAGUGUGCAUUUGUCAAAUCGGACCUCACUGAAGCUACCUACUUUGCUACACCUCUUCUUCUUGGGCCUAAUGGUAUAGAGAAGAAUCUAGGAAUUGGAACUCUUUCAGCGUAUGAGACAAAGCUAGUCAAAGACUGCAUUGAAGAAUUAAAGAAAAACAUCAAAAAGGGGGAAGAUUUUGCUGCUAAUAAUUAAUGAGUAUCACAGAUAA